UGGCACCUCGGUAGUUCGGUAGUUUUGCCGGGGCAGCGUGAACCUUCUCCCCCUGCGCCGGCUGUUGUGGGCGGUGUGGGGCUCGUGGUGAAGGGGAGGGAACCUCCUGCUCCUCUCAGACCGCCUUGACUUCACAAACACGUCAGAAACACGGCGGAGCGGCUGCGGGGAGCGCCGUCCGAUACCCACGCCUCCUCUCUCGAACCUGGUUGCCACGGCAACGGGUCAGCGAGUACCGCGGGCCGGCAUCGUUGUUCCAGAACCGGCUGUAAUCCUCGCUCCCUUUGUUCUGGCGGCGGCCCACGGGGGCCAUGAUGGGGGGGCGGCAGCCAAAUCAGCCGACGGCAGCAGAAUGAGCGGGCCGGGUCUUCACCUCACGGCGAGCCGGACCCCCAGAGGUCGGCCCAGCGAUGAGCUGAAGGAUCGCCAGGCGCUCGUUUCCUCUCCUGCCGGUUGAUACUUCCUGUUUCCUGUCUGGGGGGAAGCUCCCCCCCACGCCUACCUGAAGUGCCUUCCUAUCCCUGAACUGAUCCGUUUCGUCUCACGUCCUCACCUGGACCUUUCAGAACCGCUUCAUUCAUCCAGCCGUCGCCAUGGUUACCCUGCAGUCCAAGUGGCGCUUCCUGUUCAUGUUCCUGGGCAUCCAGCUGGUCGUCAUGGCGCUGCUGUCCCGGGAGGGCUACCACAAGCGGGUCAGCUACUUCAUCCGGAUCUUCCGUAAGGGCGAGGCGGCCGGCCCGGUCCGGAACCGCACCGGCGCCGCGCUGGGCGGUGGGGACGUCUACGCCAACCUGUCCCACCUGUCCCGGGGACACGGCCACGCCGACGACAUGCCUUACUGCCCCAAGACGUCCCCGCUCAUCGGCGGGCCGAUCCACGUCAGCUUCCCGUCCGGCCUGACCCUGGCCCAGGUCCAGAAGAAGAACCCCCUGGUGGUGAGCGGGGGGCGGUACCGGCCGCCGGACUGCGAGGCCCGCCACCGGACCGCCAUCAUCAUCCCGCACCGCCACCGCGAGCAUCACCUGAAGUUCCUGCUCUACUACCUGCAUCCGUUCCUGCAGCGGCAGCAGCUCAGCUACGGCAUCUACGUCAUCCACCAGGCCGGGAAUUACACCUUCAACCGGGCCAAGCUGAUGAACGUUGGCUUCCGGGAGGCGAUGAGGGAGGAAGACUGGGACUGCCUCUUCUUCCACGACGUCGACCUCAUCCCCGAGGACGACCGCAACCUCUACGUCUGCGACGCCAACCCCAAGCACGCCGCCAUCGCCAUGGACAAGUUUGGCUACAAGCUUCCGUACAAAAUGUACUUUGGAGGCGUGUCGGCGCUGUCGCCGCUGCACUACCUGAAGAUGAACGGCUUCCCCAACAACUACUGGGGCUGGGGCGGCGAGGACGACGACAUCGGCGUCAGGGUGUCUCUGGCGGGGAUGUUCAUCAGCCGUCCGUCUCUGAAAGUCGGCCGUUACAAAAUGAUCAAACACAAGCUGGACAAGGGCAACGACGUGAACCCCAAGAGGUUCAACAUGUUGGCGAAGACACGUCAGACCUGGAAGAUGGACGGCAUGAACACGGUGGAGUACGAGGUCGUCUCCAGGGACUACCUGCCUCUCUACACCAACAUCACCGUCAACAUCGGGACGGAGUCCGGCCUGCACCCGCCUGCACCGAAACCCGCAGCGCCGAAACUUUCAGCCAAUUCUUCAACCAAACUCCAGGAGAAACUUGCUGUGAAAUAAUCCUGUUGGUGUGAUUUGUGGUAAAAUGAAGUGAUAGCUCCCCCUUGUGGCUCCUGCGGUCAUCUGGAGCUGCAGAGAGGAGGAACCUGGUUGGACUCUGUGAGUUUGUGUGUCAGGCGCUGUAUAAACCAUGAGGCCUUAGAAUCGCGUCUUUUCUCUUCAUGUAGACCUUAGAGCGUAGAAAGAGUUCAGAGGAGGAAGCUGCUGGAGCGUUUUCUGAUCAGCUGACCGGGCCUGGGUCAGUUUCAGAUUCACUGCAUCUGUUUCUCUUUUUCCUCGUUUCCUGUGGAUGAUAAAUGAAUUCCUGCAUUUUCUUCACUCCGACGGCUGAUUGUGUGAAAACAUCUCUCUUCUCCUCUGAGUUUGGCAGAAGAAACCAAAGAAGAAGUUUUUACUCUUCAUAUCACUUGAUGUUUGUUUGCUUGGAGCUCCAGGUUGCAUCAGACUCCUGCAUCACGUAGAUGGGAAAUGGCCUUAGACACUCCAGCCUGGUUCUGAUCCAUAAACGGCAGUUUGGGUCGGACAGACUGAGACUUUUACUCCUGGAGGAGAGGAACUGAAUGGGACGGGUUGCUCUGGGUUCUGGUGUCAGUUAAUUUCUGUUCUCCUUUCCAACUUCUGCACAGUCCACAGUGGCCUUAUAAUCAUAAAUAAACAGAUUCAAGAUGAAAA